AUGUGGAAUAUAUUCAAUAUUUAUUUAGUGCACACGGCCCAUUCCAUCCGCGACGAGGAGCGCCACAUCUACCGUGCACCCGAUGAGGCUGUGUACCUGCACACUUUCGCCCACCUCGGACCGGAAGCCGGCCGCAAGUACAUCCUGCGGACUGAUGUCAUGUACGCCCGCGUCGCUGGCUCAAGCGCUGUUCGCGAUCCCGACAAGCGGCGAGCGCUCGAUCUUUUCAAUGCCGCAGGCAAUGCUGAGGAUGCAGGCGACAUGGCCGAGGCCAUGCGCUUGUAUCGCAUCGCUUUCAAGCUUGAUCCCGCUCUGGGGCACGCGUAG